AUGGAUACUGCCAAUCAUUUGAUGAUAAUCGAUGCAUCACUUCAGCAUUCUGUCCCAAAAACUACAAAUGCGUCGAUGGAAAGUGCGAAAAGCACAAUGGUGUUCGAUACUUUCUUUUUGGUUCUGCAAUGUUUUGUACAACAAGUUUCCAGUGUCCAGCAAGAAUGUACUGCUCUCGUGGACAUUGUGUUUAGUUGUGAAAUUGAUUUAUUUUGGUGA